ACCAGUUAUAUUUUGGGGAAAAUUUUCUUGUUAGCUUUUAAAAGAAAAUGGACGAUGAUGAAGAUCUUAGUCUUUUGAACGAAUAUCUUAAGAUUAGUGGAGAUGCUAAAGAAGCAGAAAUAGUUAUUAAUAGUCUAUCCAAGGAGUCCAUAAAUAGGCGCAAUGCGAAAGGUUUCUUUCCGCUAUUCUACGCAGUAUAUGCUAACAAUUUGGAAGUGACAUCAUUACUUUUAAGAAAAGGUGCCGAUAUAAAUGUUAAAGACGACACAGGCUUUACUGUUUUACAUAUAGCGUGUAAAGAGGGUUAUUUGGAGAUAACCGAGUUAUUAUUGCGCAAUGGAGCUCUUGUUAAUGGUCCUGACGCAAACCUCUUAAAAAGUGCUGCGUAUUUAACAACGCCCUUAAAUUUGGCAUUGCAAAACAAUCGAGUUGAAAUUGUUAAGAUACUAUUGAAAAAUGGAGCUGAUCCGAAUAUUCCUCACUUUCUAGCUCCAGAAAUCCAUAGAUUUCCAUUAAAAUUUACUGAAUGUUUACAAUUGCUUUUGGAAUAUGGAGCAGACCCUAAUACUUGUAAUCGAUCUGGUCAACCAUUGAUUAUUAAAGCUUGUUUGGAGAAUUGUAUGGACGCUGUUGAAAUACUCAUCAACAGACCAGAGGUGAAUGUUAAUGCAGUUGAGAGCAUAAGUAAUUUUACGGCUCUCCACUGUGCUAUUAUUUGUGGUAAUACAAAACUUGUGGAGAAAUUACUGGAAACAGGUGCUAAAAUUCAAUCUAAUUUAAGUGAUGUUACAGCUUUAGAUCUUGCAAUAACGAGAACAAAGUUAGAUAUUGUCGAUAUUUUACUACAAAAAAAUUUGGACUUAAACGCUUUUAACGCUGAAGGAUGUGGUUCCUUAUCAGCUGUUGCCCAACCAUCAUAUACACAUUUGCAGUUUCGCAGAUUGAUAAAGACUCUUCUAAGUAUGGGUGCUGAUCCAAGAAUUUCGGGCAAAAAAUAUAAAUACUUUUUACCAAGUUUUACUCCUCUUUUAGAAUAUCUUACUUAUCAAAACGAAUACGACUUGCAAGUUAUCCAUACUUUGGUUCAAUACGGCGCAAGCGUUAAAAUUUCUCUUCCCACAAGAUACUUGAAGCCAAAAACUGUUGAUGGUCUCUUGAAUCAAUUGCAUAAGUUGGAAAAUGAUCCAGAUAUUUUCUGUUUUCUUUUGAAUGUUGCAGAUACUUUUGAAACAGCAGCCAUAAAAAGAUCGAAGAAAAUGAAAAAAGAAAUAAUAGAUAUUCUUCUACGAGAAGCAUCUAUUUGUAGACCUCUGAGAAAUAUCACUUUGAAUAGUAUAAGGAAGAUACUAAAGUGUCCUUUGACAGAAUCCGUCAAAGAACUCGUUCUUCCAGAACUUUUGAAGAAAAUGAUUAUUUACGAACCAUUGACAAACUAUAUUUAA